AUGAAGCGAACACGAGAACAAGUUGAUGAUGAACCCGUUGAGGUUCACGAUAGUGGAUUUAUGGGGCCUAUGGUAAUGUUUCCUACAUUUCCACACAAUGAUACAUUUGUGGAUAGUCGAAAAUUUAAAUUAAUGGCGGGACCCAUUGCAAAUCCAGAUGCUGAAGAAUUUACAUUUAAACAUGCUCCUAAUGAUUUUGGCGUUAUGGAUCUUAAAAGUGCAAGAAUCACGGCAAAUAUCACCAUUACGACUGCUACAAAUGUUUUCUUAGCAUUAACCCAAGAUGUGGCACUUAAUCAAUCACCACUAAGAUUAGGAUGGAAAUCACGUGAAGUAUUAGUUAAUAAUCAACGCAUUAAUUCAUUAUCAUCCCAGGAAAAUGAAAUUGAAUUGAUAAAUCAUUUAACACGUGAAACGCCGCUUUUUUAUAAAGCCGAUGAAGAUAUAACAGGUUGUAUUCACAACACCCCUGGUGCGGCUAAUGUUAGCGAUAGUAUUGCGGAAAUGCGUGAUCCCACUAACGCCGCUCAUGUUAAUAAAGGUCUUGGCAAACGUUAUCAAUUGUGUAAGAGAGCUGUCCCUUUUAGAUGUUAUGAUUUUAUCAAUGUAAUGGGGGAUAAUAAACGUUAUGUUGUUUCAUCAUUUGAAAUGACAAUAAGAUUAACACGUUUAGAAAAAACAAAAACCUUAAUGGGUAAUGCAGCACAUUGUGCCCUAGCAAAAAUUCGUUAUAAUGAUAUGCAAAUUCAUAUUCAAGCUUUUAAACCCAAAGCACAAUUAAUGGCUGCCAUUAAUACUGCUAUGGUUCAAAAAGGUGAAGAAGCCAAAUAUUAUGUACGUCAUUUUCGUUAUGUCCCCAUAGCUGUUGCUAAUGGUACUCAAAAAAUUUAUAAAAAUGAUCUUUUUACUGGUGCCCGACCAACACGUAUGUUUAUCUAUAUACGUACACAAGAUCGUUAUAAUGGUGCUCAUACGCUCAAUCCCAAUCGGAUAAUUUUUCCAGAUAUAGAAUUUGUAGGUGUGAAAAUUAAUGAAGCGUUUAUUGAACCCACCAUUGAAAAUUCAAAAGAGGCCUAUAUUAAUUUACGAAAAAUUUUGAAUCGUACAUAUGAUGACAUGCCAUUCAAUUAUAAAGAUUAUUUAACUGAUUAUGGUUUUAUUGCAUUUGAUCUAUCUGAAAAUAAAGAUAGUUACAAUCAAAUUUUACCUAAUGCAACCAGCGGUGUUGUGAGUCUUGAAAUACGUCUUAAUAAUGGACUUGCCGUAGCAAGUCAAUUAAUUGUUGUGGGCGAAUUUCGAAAUCAAUUGUCCUGUUCAUAUCAAACGGAAGCGCGUUUAAAAUUCGCAUUUUAA